AGCCAAGUUAGAGAUAGGGGCCUGUGGAAACAUGAAGAGGUAAGGGCUUGUCUGAGAGCAGGCGGCAAAGGGAGCUCUCUUCUACCUUUUAACAUUGAAAAUAGAUUUUAUGACUUUGUGUUUGGGGUAUGUCACGUUCUCGGGAUGCGGUUACGUGUGAGCUGGAAGACAAAGGAGGAGGGAGGAGGGGAAACGGGCUAGAUAGGCCUGCAGGGAGAAGUUCAGGAAGGGCCGCCGCCGCCGCCGCUUCCCGUAGGAAUGCCUUGCCCGCACGGGCAUCUAGGCCACGGCGCCGGCCCCAGGAGCUGCACGGAUGCCGUGGCUUCUUACAGCUUCAGACGGACCCACCCAGGAUAAAUAGCUGUGUGAAGAGUGGUGAGCAUGUCCUGGAGGAGUUGGAAACAGAAGGCGAGAGGCAGCUGAAAAGCCUCCUUCAGCAUCAACUUGAUACCUCUGUCUCCAUUGAGGAAUGUGUGUCUAAGAAAGAGAGCUUUGCUCCCGGUACUAUGUACAAGCCCUUUGGGAAGGAAGCAGCUGGGACCAUGACUUUGUCCCAGUUCCAGACACUGCAUGAGAAGGACCAGGAAACUGCUUCUCUUCGGGAGCUAGGGCUCAAUGAAACAGAAAUCUUGAUCUGGAAGAGCCACGUUUCAGGUGAAAAGAAGACAAGACUGAGGGCAACACCUGAAGCAAUACAGAACCGUCUUCAAGAUAUUGAAGAAAGGAUCUCAGAGCGUCAGCGCAUCCUUUGCCUGCCACAGAGAUUUGCCAAGAGCAAACAACUGACCCGGCGUGAAAUGGAAAUAGAAAACUCUUUAUUCCAGGGAGCUGAUCGGCACUCCUUCCUCAAGGCUCUUUAUUACCAAGAUGAACCCCAAAAGAAGAACAAAGGUGAUCCCAUGAACAACCUGGAAAGUUUUUACCAAGAGAUGAUAAUGAAAAAACGUCUUGAAGAGUUCCAACUUAUGAGAGGUGAACCCUUUGCUUCCCACUCACUGGUCUCAGCUACAUCAGUGGGAGAUAGUGGCACAGCUGAGAACCCGUCAUUACUCCAGGACAAGGGAAAACAGGCAGCACAGGGUAAAGGUCCCAGUCUCCAUGUGGCAAAAGUUUUUGAUAAUUCACCUGAGCAGUGUUGGACUGGGCCUAAGAAGCUGACGCAGCCAAUAGAAUUUGUCCCAGAAGAUGAGAUCCAGAGAAAUCGUUUGUCAGAGGAAGAGAUCCGAAAAAUUCCUAUGUUUUCUUCAUAUAAUCCAGGGGAGCCAAACAAGGUGUUAUACCUGAAGAACCUUAGCCCUCGGGUGACCGAAAAAGACCUUGUCUCAUUGUUCGCUCGGUUCCAGGAGAAAAAAGGACCACCAAUUCAAUUCCGAAUGAUGACUGGACGAAUGAGGGGGCAAGCUUUUAUCACCUUUCCCAAUAAGGAGCUAGCACAGCAAGCAUUGCAUCUAGUAAAUGGAUAUAAACUACGUGGGAAAAUAUUGGUGAUAGAAUUUGGAAAGAACAAAAAACAACGGUCAGAUCUCCAGGCUGCUUCUCUCAUAUCAUCUGCUACAGAUAACACUACAGAAAUCAGUGGUAGCUAAAAGAUAUAUAGAUGGUGAGUCCCAGGAGGUCUUUCUUGCAUCAGAAUCUUGGAUCUGGGAUUUGUGUAUAGAUAGCAAUUUGCUUGGAUUUGAAGAAGAGAAACUAACUGAGGGAGAGAAAAAUCUAAGAUAAUCCCCCUCUGUUUCAGAACAAAUUGGUAGGAAACAUUUUUUAUAAUCAAAGACUAUAUAGGACAGACAUAUGGGAAGUAUGAAGUGUAGGGUACAAAGAGUAUCAUUUUCUCAGGAUAAAUUACAAAAGAUUAUUUCCAAGGUUAAAAAAUCUUUAUAAUUCAUCUGGGGUCUUAAAUAUUUGUCCCUAAAUAUAACAUUCUUUCCAAGGUUGCCUCCUAUAUGCAGAACUAAAAAACUAAUUACAUGUUGAAAUAUUUAUUUACUAGAGCUCAUUUAUCCUUCUUUAUAUCCACCAGUAAAUAAAUGACCAAGACCCCAGGCAUAAACAUCAACAAGUGCUGUUGAGUAAGAACUGUCAGCAGUGACAAUACGUUGUUUCAUAAGUUAGUCCAUACAUUUAACGAAGGCUUCCCCAUGAAGUUAUCAGUGUCUUCAAAAAGCUAUAUAUUUUUCUAAUGAAAGCAUUUAGAUCAAAAUAUUAAUGUUCUCAUAGUCAUUAAGCUAGCUACCAUUGAGCAAUCAUUGAAUUCAAAGCAAUAAACAUUGAAUCAAUAUCUAAUGUAUGUUAUGUAUUAGGUGUAUGAAUUUUAGAAGAGGAACAUACUAGCAAACAGUACUAAAGGAGGGUGGGAAGAAAGUGUUCUCCAGAAGAGAGUCAGUCAUUCCUAAAUCCCUCAGUUAUUUGUAGUUGCUGGAGAAUAGAAAGAAUAUAUGAUAUAGAGGAAGUAGUACAAACUUUGGAAUUGGACUUGUGUUUGAACUUCACAGCCACACUUACCAUUUCGUGACCUUGGCAAGUCACUUAAUCUGAGCCUCAGUUUUCUCAUCUAUAAAAUGAGGAUAAUAAUACUACUUACCUCACUGGGUUGUAAGGAUUAAAUGAGAUGAUAUUAUUUUAGCUGAAGAACAGGAAGAAAAAAACUGAAGAAAAUUUAACAGAGAGUAAGACCAUUAAGCACCCCAACAUACUUUUAACAAGAGGACAAGAAAAAGAGAAGAGGAAGAAAGAAGCAGAAAACAUAUUCCAAUAAAUAAUGGCUGUAAAUGUCUCAAAUUUGAUGAGAAGCAUCACCUAUACAUCCAAGAAUUUCAACAAACCCCAUGUAGGAUAAAGAAGAAAUCCAUAGACCCAUCAUAACAAAAGUGCUAAAGCUCAAAGACAAAGAGAAACUCUUGAAAGUAACAUGAGAAAAAUGAAGCAUCACUUACAAGAGAACCCCAAUCAGAUUAACUGCUAACUUCUCAUCAAAAACAAUGGAGAUGGCAAUGGGAUAACGUAUUCAAAGUGCUCAAAGAAAACACCUGCCGAUAUAGAAUCCUAUAUCCAAUAAAGCUGUUUUUGAAAAUGAAGAUAAAAUAUAAGCCUUCCCACAUCAUCAAAAACUGUUGUUGUUGGCAGACCUGACUUAUAGGAAAUAGUAAAGGAAGUUCUUCAGGCAGAAAGCAGUGACUUUGGAUAAUAAUUUAAAUCUGUACAUAUAGAAAAAUAGCAUGGGUAAAGGUAAUUACAUAAUUAGGAAGGACAGUCUAAAUGCAUUUUUCCUUCUCUUAAUUGAUUUUUAAAACAGUUGUAUAAAGCAAUAUGUAUAUAGUUGCAUUAUUGGGUUUAUAACAUAUAAAAAUGCAAUAUAUUUGCCAAUAACAGAACAUAGGGUGGAAGCAAAACUGUAUUGGACUAUAGAAAUGACUCCAGAUGGUCACGCCAAUCUACAGGAACAAGUGAA